UUGCGAUGUACGACGAUGCCGAGAUGCAGGUGGCCCCUCCCGAUGAGACCGAAGACACGUUUCCCACUUCACGCUCCUCCCUCCUCGCCGCAGAGGGGCAGUACCUCCUCUCAUCCUUGUAUGCCACCUAUCGUGCUCUCUUCCGCCACCUACCCGUCUCCGUCCGCCCUGCCGGCAUCGACUACCUCGAGCGCGUCGAGGGCGUUUCCUCUCCGUCCCUGCCCCUUUCACGGUCGGGGCACCGGGAGCGCUGCCCCGCCCUCCCUUCCCUUUCCAUCCUGCGAUGGGCAUCCCGGCGCUUGCGAAGAAGCAUCCGCAGGUGUUUGGCCCACGUCGAUGACGUCAUCGACCGGGAGGCACGGGGAGAUGCCGUGGCAGCGUUAACCGCGCAGGAGGAGGAGGGCUUGGGUAUCCUGCAAUUCAUGGAAAGGGCCUGGGCGUUGAUGGAGUUGGUGUUGCUCACGGAGGACGGGGAAGGAGAGAUCGUCGCGAGGAACGGACAAAAGGAAGACGAAGCAAAGGUUUGA